GCAGAAAAAAUCAGCUUAAAGCGUGAGAAGAGAGAGAGAGAGAGAGAGCGUAACCGCGGGUGAUAAAAUCUCUCUCCCCUCACCCGCGUUCUCGGAGCUUCUUCUUCUUCUUCAACAACAAUGGCGGCCUCUCCGAUCUGAUUAAGUUUCCUCUAUCUCUCUCUCAUGCCUCGAACGGACUCGUUUCAUCGACGUACCAGCUUCUUCCUAGUUACUGAGGAAACAAUAAGAAGAUGAUGACCAACUCUUUAUUCCUCUCCGUCGUCGUUUUUGUUUCUCUCGUUUCCGUUGAUUCAUUCGCCACCGCCUCACAGGAUCCUCUCAAACUCAUAUUAGGUUCACCUAAUUUCGGAUCAACAUGGAAAGGUGGAAUCUCAUUAGCACCAGGACCUUCAUCAGCUGAUGAUGCCUCUGAUUACCUUCUCUUAGCAGCUCAUAGAACCAAGAGACCUGACAUCCUUAGAGCUUUUAAGCCUUACCUUGGCGGCUGGAACAUCACUAAUAAUCACUAUUGGGCUUCUGUUGGAUUUACAGGUGCUCCUGGUUUCAUUCUAGCUGCUAUCUGGCUCUUGUCUUUUGGCUCUCUUCUUGUUGUGUAUCAUUGUUUCAAAUGGAGAGUAUGUGUUAAAGCCAAGGGAUCAUCAUUCGAUUCGCGCAGAAUCUGUUUCAUUUUGUUGAUACUGUUUACUUGUGUCGCAGCGAUUGGAUGUAUUCUUUUAUCUGUUGGACAGGAUAAGUUUCAUACUGAAGCUAUGCAUACUCUUAAGUAUGUGGUAAACCAGUCAGACUACACCGUGGAGAUCCUCCACAAUGUGACUCAAUAUCUGUCACUUGCAAAAACAAUCAACGUGACAGCGAUUUCCAUCCCGUCAAAUGUUAUGGAUGAAAUUGACAAGUUAAAUGUCAAUCUGAACACUGCAGCAGUUACACUGGAAGAGAAAACAACAGAUAAUGCUGCUAAGAUAAAGAGAGUUUUCUAUGCUGUGCGAUCAGCUUUGAUCACGGUCGCUACUGUGAUGCUCAUCCUUUCUUUUCUAGGUCUAUUGCUCUCUGUCCUCCGCCACCAACACGUUGUUCAUAUAUUCGUGGUGAGUGGGUGGAUACUGGUGGCUGUGACAUUUGUUCUCUGUGGAGUUUUUCUGAUCCUAAACAAUGCAAUUUCAGAUACGUGUGUAGCCAUGAAGGAAUGGGUUGAUCAUCCUCACGCAGAAACAGCUCUCAGCAGCAUCCUCCCAUGCGUUGAUCAGCAAACAACAAACCAGACUCUUGCACAGAGUAAAGUUGUCAUCAACAGCAUCGUCACUGUUGUAAACACCUUUGUCUAUGCCGUUGCCAAUACAAACCCAUCUCCAGGUCAAGACCAUUAUUACAAUCAGUCUGGACCUCCGAUGCCUCCUUUGUGCAUCCCAUUUGAUGCAAACAUGGUAGAUCGCCAGUGCUCGCCUUGGGAAUUGUCGAUAGAAAAUGCAUCAUCGGUCUGGGAGAAUUACAUAUGUGAGGUUACAGAAUCCGGAAUCUGCACCACUGUGGGGAGAAUAACGCCUGCUGCUUUUGGACAGUUGGUAGCAGCUGUAAAUGAGAGCUACGCACUCGAGCAUUACACGCCUCCAUUGCUUAGCUUCCAAGAUUGCAACUUUGUUAGGGAAACAUUUAUGAGUAUUACCUCAGAUUACUGUCAACCAUUGGAGCGUAAUCUGAGGAUUGUGAAUGCAGGACUUGGACUAAUAUCCGUGGGAGUGUUACUAUGUCUGGUGCUGUGGAUAUUCUAUGCAAACCGCCCCCAAAGGGAGGAAGUGUUUGCGGAUCCACACCCUCAAAAAAAAGACGGUAGCUUUGGUAAUGGCUUGGAUAAUCAUCACUCAGAUGCCAAUACUAAGAUUUCUGUAGAAUGCGUAUAGUAAAUAGGUAUAUAGAUAGAUAGAAUCAGAUAUAUUGUAUUUCAUAAAAAUAUGAAAAAGAACAAUAAAAACGUUUUGUAGCGUUUAUGUUACAUUAGAAGAAGAGGAAGAGACUAGAGGUGGAGCGAAGUUUCACUUUCUGGCUCUUGUUUUCAGAA